AUGAAACUCUUCAUACAAUCUAAUCUCCCCGGUUGGGGCAGGAUUCAAUGUUUGCAGCGGUCUACAACUGUCAACCGGCGGUGUCGGCAACCAGCCAAGGCCAUUCCGACCGCUCGAUAUGUGAUACUCAUCGCCCUCCUGAUGGCCCUGAUCAUGUCUCCCCUGGUCUCUGCAUUUGUGAUUCCUGAUGUCGCCCCACCACCCACUUAUGGGAUGCUCCUCCCGCGAACCGAUGCUAUUCGAGCCCCAGAGAUCGCCGCCGCCGAUCGUCUAGACGCAUCGUAUUCUGAUACAUUGCCAUUUAAUGGCCGUGCGCAAGAGGAACGAUUCCGAUACGACCGCUCAUGGGUCCUCGAAAACAAGCCCAGCGACGAGACAUCCAAACGUCCCAUCCUCGUCGCCCCAGAUGAGGACAAUGGCGAUGCCAGCAACGCAUUGUCGCUGCCGCUGGUCGCACGAUCAGGCACUACAAGCAACGACUCGCUCCCCACAGCGUUCGACACCAACCUCUCCACCAACUUCACCACCCAGAGCUGUCCCAAGUUCUUCAACGAGUUCCUCUCCGACUCCACCGUCACCAAGUGCCACGCCAUCUCCCUGCUCCUCCACGACUCCACCUCCUUCUUUCACACCCUCACCUCCGCCGCCGCAACCUCGCACGUCCUCGACCUCGCCUGCGCCGCCUCCGUUGACCAAUGCAAAGACACCAUGGCGCGCCUCGCCACCCGCCUCACCACAGACGACGCCUGCGGCAAGGACUACAAGCUCGGCAACCCGCUCGUCACAGACGCCUACACCGCCAUGGUCACCUACGAACCCGUCUACCGCGCCACAUGCCUCAAGAACCCCACAACAAAGGACUACUGCUUCGUCGACGCUGCAACCAACACCUCCAGCCCGCAGAACCUCGACGCCUACUCCCUCCCCGCAGGCUUCGCGCUCGGAUCCCCCUAUCCCACCUGCAACCCCUGCCUGCAGGCUUCCAUGGACAUCUUCAGCCGCUGGGCCCAGGUCGACGGCCAGCCCCUCAACAGGGCUUACCUCCCCGCCGCCCAGACCCUGAACCGCCGCUGCGGCACCAAUUUCGCCAAUGUCAACAUCACCGUCGGCAGUCAAAAUUCUGCUGCAUCGGUGAUUGGCUGGGCGCCCGCUGAUGCGCGGUUCCUGGGAUCGGUGCUGGCCGUGAGCUUUGCUGCGUCGCUGCUGGGGCUUUUCUGA